UCCGGAUCUGAACCUUGUGCGAAAGGGAACAGCAGCAGCAGCAGCAUGGCAAAUCGUCGAAGGGGAGCGAUCGGAGGGAAAAGUAUGGAUGGGCUUUCGGUGGGAGGAGCCGUGGCUGCUGCUGCUGUGACGAGCAGCGGUCUCGGCGAUGGUGAAGCUCCUCGUGGUGGUUAUGGUGGCUGUGGCGGAGAUGGGAGCGGAUCACUGGCCACGUGUCGGCUUGCGGUGGGGAUGGCGGUGAACACGUACUCUCUUUUCCUGCAAUUGAUGAUGAUAACUUCGAUCCUGUUCUUGUCGACUUGUCCUUCUGUUGCGGUCAACACUUACAGCAAACUGUAUGCCAAAGGCGGGCGAUCUUUCUCGAUACUCAGGAGUGACACCUUGGAUGUGGUGUGGGACAGCGGCGACGCUUUCGAGGCUAACAUUUCUGCGCUUAAUCCGAGUUACUUCAACUCUAGGGGUUUUACGAAAGAGGAGUAUGAUUCGUUGCUUCAUCGGAGGAUAAUUAACCAAAAUGCAAGCAUAAAGGCCGGUUUGUUAGAGCAGUUCAGUGCGGGGACGGUUGACUCCAUGAGUACUGAAAUGGGCUGCCAACCUAGGGCCUUAGCGUUUGGACUAAUUAAUCAAGAGAAGGAUAGGUUUCUGUUUAUCGCGUUGAAGAAUCCCUCUGGAAUAAUGGUUUACAAUUUCACAAAUCCGUCAGCGCCAGUGUUCAAGUCUUGGACGAAAUUAUCUGUGCAAGAUCUUGAACCCGAAGCAUUGUAUUUCACAGCAGCUGGAGAGUUCGGCCAGUUCUCUAGCAGCGCGUAUCUGUACGUGACCUGUGGGUUUAGCGCAAGUCUGCUCAUGUAUCAGGUCAACGCGGAUGGAGGGUUGACUCUAGUAACGCGCUUCGAUGGGACUGUAGGAGCUGAUGGGGUUCCUUUUGGCACCAGGCUGAUCAACGGUUUGCCGUCCUAUUCUUCCAUAGCUUAUAUUCCCGCCGGCAGCUCGAUGCUUCUCGCGCCCUUGCUUCUUGUAGGCAAUCAGUUCGGUAGGAGAAUGGAGGUGUUCCUAAUCAACAGCACGGCAGCGGGGACAUCCGUCGCUCUUCAGCGCUUGGGCGCUGUCAACUACUCUUCGGGUAUUGCCGAGCCUGGGUCCACUGUCCCGGUGUUCAUGCCUGGGUUUCCCUCGGACAUCUACGUCCAGGGUAAUCUCCUCGCCGUGACGAUCGUUCCGUAUGAUCCAUCGGAUGCGGCACGGAGCGUUGAGGUUCAGGCCGAAGUCGCUCCGGGCGUUGUCAUGUUCUAUCAGAUCAAGGAAGAUGGGCCACAACCGUUCAAAUUCUUAGGCUUCAGUAGCACGGGCUAUUGGCCAAAGAAGAUCGUGUUUGCUGGCUCGCGGUUCUUGGUGGUUAAUUACGCCAAGUAUGCACCAAUCAACAGAGGUCUGCAGAAUGUGGAUCUGCCAGGUGGCGUGACGGAAAUCACUGUGUCUUCGGAGAUUUCCAGCCUGACCGGUGCUUUGCAGGCAGUGGCUGCCCAAGACAACAAGAACGUUUCCAGUCUCGCCAUCAACCUUGCGUUCGACAAGGUCAUCCUGGACGAUGAGAUCGAGCUGCCGGGAUCUGGAAGGUUGGCGAGGGAUCCGCAGCCGGUGGACAUUGCCUACUCUAACAACUCCGACAUAGCGUACGUCUUGCUCAGAAGCAGCAACGCCAUAGCCAAGCUCAACGUGACCGCGAGGGAAUUCGUGUCCAUCCACUGGCUCGGAGCGAAGAACUACUCUUCAGUGCGCAUCGAUGCCAGUUCGAAGGACGGAGGGAUCAACAUGCGCACGUUCAACAAUCUGUUUGGGCUGUACAUGCCCAGCAGCAUGCAGGUCCUCCCCGCCUUUCCUGGCUAUGGCGAUGAGGAGUACAUCAUCACUGUCAACGAGGGUGACGACACACCGGUCCCAGGGGGGGGAGUUACUGUGAAAGAGCUCGAUCUCGAUCCUCAGGCCUUCCCGGCAGCUGACGAUUACAAGAACCCUGCCAAUCUUGGGGAUCUCAAGGUUGUACUGUGGAAGGGGCUGACAUCACAGGUGCACACUCAACUGUAUCACAACCUAACAAGGACAGCGGAGACGCUGUGCGACACUUACUCCUACUUUCAGUUCGAGGUAAAUUCCAGCCAAGUCUGCAUGGACAUGAGAGUGAAGUUGACUGCCAUGCAAGGUACUCCCGACAUCUACGUGAGCAGAGCUCCGGCUGUCAAUCCUGAAAUUUACGAUCUGACUUGGUCCAACUACGAGUCCACGUCGGACAAUGUCGAAGACUUUGUCAUCAGCCACCUGGACCCGGAAUUCGUACCCGGGAUGUACUACUUUGGAGUGUAUGCGUACUGCGAAGACGUCAGGAAAGAGGCGGCCAUCUACAACAUCACCGUCACCUUGGAGAAUCCAACUAGCAUGACGGGCUCUACCAACGAUCUUCUCAGCAGUCCCGUUGUCAACGUCCCUACGCCUGUCGGGUUUAUGCACUACUACAGCUUCUGUGUUAAUUACCCUUGUGCUCCAAUCACUAUCAAUGUGAGUGAUUGCCAGCCUGGCGCCAACUUCUGUCCGGAGGUGUUGGUGUCCACCAGUGUCAUGAAGCCGGAGGUCGAAGAUUACACGUGGAAGACGAUGGGAGGGCGGCGAUCAGUUACUAUCGGUCUGGAGGAUCCGUAUAACGAGGGCGGGGUGUUUUACGUCGGGAUCUUGAGUCGGUGUGUCGAUCCCGAUCCAGCCAACUGCGCCGCCGCAUCUGCUCAAUCUGUCUACAAUCUCUCCGUUAGCUACGAUUCCACACCGCCUCCCUCAUGUCCACCGAAACGGAGCCUCGUUACCGAGCCUUCUGUCGGGACGAUGGUUCUGGCAGAAGAGGUUCCGGCCAAUCAAUCAACCAACUGCGGGGAUCUCAACUACUACGCUAUCAAAGUUGAAGACCCUUGCUUCGAUCUCGUGAUCGAAGCCACACCAGCGUGUCUGACGUGCGGUUUGCCUAGAAUCUAUGUGUCCAAAGAUUACAUCGACAUGCCCACAGCCCUCGACCGCACAUGGGCAAGCAGUCAAUCGAGCGGUACGUCAAGUGUGGUAGUGUCGGCUUUCGAUAGAGAUUUCACCAUCGGGUGGUUCUUCAUCGGCGUGCAGGCAGAUUGCUCCAUGCCGAACAGCUCGCCGGCGGUGGGGACCACUCCUCUCACGGCCGCCACGUACUCCAUCGUCGUGAAAUUCUCCUCCAGCCACGUGUACAGGUGGCCUAAUGUUACCAACGUCGACAUGAUGAACAAGAUGAUCAUCAAUCAGUACGUCGGCCAGCCUACUGGCUACCAUUACUAUCACUUUUGUGUCAGGAACAAGACGCUUGGCGAUGUCGUCGUCACGCUUGCUAAUUGUGUUUCCCCUUCGGAUUGCCCCGACACGUACUGGUGGCCCGAGAUGUUAGUUUCCAAGUCUCGAUGGGCACCCACCGUCAGCGAUCGGGCGUGGAGACUAGCACAGUUGAACCGCAACAACGUUACCCUGAGGGUUCACGAUCCCGACACUCGCCAAGAGGGGGGGCACUACUUCGUAGGGGUCUAUGCUUGGUGUAAUAAGGAUUGCAACCUGUCGCAGUCCUUGGCAGGAGAGUCAUGCGCGCCGUGCCAGAACAUCCUCAAUAGUCCUUAUAACCUAUCGGUGCAGCAGGGGGCUACGCCUCUCGAGAUCGUGCAGCCUGUCCCGGAAACCUCCCAGCUUCAAGUCAAUAGCACUGCGGCCAAUGCCAAGGCGGCGAAAUCUGGAGCAACCGUCGGAUUUUCGGCUGGGGAUUGGUGGGGGACGUCAUUCCGCAUCGUGCUUGCUGUAGCUGUCACCUCCUUCCUCGCUCUUUUGCAUUUGCUGUAAUCAUAUUCUGCCAACAUCAACAGUUAGUUUAUUAGAGCUUUUGAUUGAACGCCAUGCAGCCGUUAAUU